AGCGUAAAAUAAAAAGAAAGUACAGGGCGAAAGAGAAAAAAAUAAAAGAGAAUGGCAAAGUUCUCUGUGGGGAUCGACGAAGACGGAGAAGGGCCAAGCAAUCGAGUCCCUAAGCGUCAAAGGGCGGAGCGUGUUCUUGAUAUCGAAGGCUCUGGUCAAGAAGAAUCCGAGCAAGAGGAAGAAGACGAAGAAUCUGAAGGCGAAGAAGCAUCCGAAGGAGAAGAAGAAGCUUCCGAAGAAUCUGAAGGAGAAGAAGAAUUGGAGGAAAGUGGAGCUGAGCAAGGAGCAAUGAGCCCUCAGGCUUCUCGAGAUGGAUCCAUUUCUAUCACGUUAACUGACCCUGAAGUUCUUGAUUGUUCUAUCUGUUAUGAGGCCUUGACUAUCCCUGUUUUUCAGUGUGAGAAUGGGCAUAUAGCUUGCUCUACCUGUUGCAUCAAAAUGAGGAAUAGAUGUCCAUCCUGUAUGACUCCAAUCGGCUAUAGUCGCUGCAGGGCGAUUGAGAAGGUGUUGGAAUCUGUCAAAGUGACAUGCCAAAACACAAAGUACGGGUGCAAAGAAGCAUUCAGUUAUAGCAUGAAGCAGAAACAUGGAAAGGCAUGCCUUUUCGCUCCAUGUUCAUGCCCCCUUCCUGAUUGCGACUUUGAGGGUUCAUCAGAGGAGUUAAGUGCACACUUUGGCAAUGUACACAAGUAUUCUGCAACACGUUUCCUUUAUGAUCGUCUAGCACCCAUUACCUUAGGAGUUUCUGAGAAGUUCCUUAUUCUUCGAGAGGAGACAGAUGGUUCUUUGUUCAUUCUUCACAACAAGGUUGAGAAUUUGGGGAAUGUAGUUACUUUGAGCCGGAUUGGGCCCUCAACGGAGAGAGGUUUCUUCUAUGAACUAACUGUGAAAGCUCCAUCUGAUGUAAGUAAUCUUAGAUUACAGUCCCUCACAAAGAGCACUCCGAAACGAGUUGAUAGCCCACAGUCAUUAGGGUUUCUCCUGGUUCCAAGUCAGUUCUCAUGCAUUUCGCGGCAGAUCAAGAUGGACCUCCGCCUGGGGCGUUCUGAUCGGUUUUCCUACUACCAGAGACCUGGUGGUGCAUAAUUAUUGUAAAUCUUGGUGCAUAAGCUAAUGAACUCCAGUUGUAGCAUUUGUUAUUUAAGUCAUGCAAGUUUUUUUCUUUAA